AUGUUUGUGCUCUUCACAAUCAUUUCGGUGACGGCUCUCGCUGCACCCUCACUCCUUCGUCAAGCAUGGCCAAAUGACGGCGCUGUCAUCACCCAGCCCUGGCGAGUAACGCUGGACGCAUUCUCCCCACCCCGAUAUAACACCAUCGACGGCGCCUCCCAAAUGGCUGCUGGCGAGGGUUCAUGGACAACGGGACUUUCCGCGGCCGAGAUUUAUAACUCAAGCACGUUCGUUCCAGCGACGUCAUUGACAACUUCCGAGUCCACCUUCCAACAGUACGGCGAGGACUAUUUCUUCGCAGCAGCCAAUGAAUACCUUGUAGUACCCCAUAUGCCGGGCGUCCGCGUGACUGGCAGCUGCUGGACAACUCCUUCGCCGCCGCUUGCCAACGACACCCAUCCUGCUCUUGCAAACUGGUGCGACAGCAAUAACCUGGACCAGUUUAAAUCUGAUACAAGCUUGCUCGCCGGCAACGUCGCUUUCAAUAUCACCUGGUGCAGUGACUUCUACGUGGAUUCGGCUACAGGACACAGGACCGACUGGAUGAACAAUGUCCCGUCGUCCACCGCCAACGUCGUCGCCCACAUUUCGGUCACAGACGGGAAUGAAUCCGGAGGCGCGCACGGGUUCAUCAGAUGCAAUUAUACCUUCGCCACGGGCAACGCCACUGUUGGCAACAUGUUGGACGCCUUCAAUACAUCCAAUACCUACCGCGAUUUCCAACAGCUGCCGUAG